AUGCAGAACGAGUGGUUAGACAUAGGAGAUUUUUGCAUCCCAUUAGGAUUAAAAUGGCGCACUUUAAUUUAUGAUUGGUCGCCAGCAUUGCUAAAAUUCUAUCUCAAUGCGUUCCAGAUGACUCUCCCAGAUCAGAGUAAUUUAGUAAGAUGGGGUAAAAGUACCGAAAAAACUUGCUAUAUCUGUGGAAAGGCAGUUGGAACUGCUAAGCAUCUGCUGGUGGGAUGUAAGGUACUCCUGGACAGCGGUCAAUACUCGCGUCGUCACGAUAGGGUUCUAGAAGUCAUACGUGAAGCGGUUUUUGUGAGAGAAGGCUCUAGGGCUACAAAAUCAAACGUCAAGCCUUACUCCAUCCUUAAAGCGGCGUCGGAUUGGACUAUAAUGAUGGACACGUAUGAAAAACAAUAUAAAAUCCCCGAGGAUAUUUGUGCGUCGGCCUCCAGACCGGAUAUAUUUUUGUUUUCGCGAAUUUUAAAGCGCGUAGUGAUGAUAGAGCUUACGGUCCCUUGGGAAACCAACAUCCCCAAAGACCAUACCAUCAAGGUCAACAAAUAUUACGAGCUCACAAACGAACUCACUCGAAAUAGGUUCGUAGUAGAUUUGUACGCGGUAGAGGUGGGAGCGAGAGGUAUAACAGCGAAAUCUCUCUAUAACCUACUAAAGGACUUGGGCUUGUCCAGAACUCACAUUAAUGCAUUCUUGGAACGUACAUCGAAGGCAGCCCUAGUAGGUUCUUUUCAAAUUUGGUUAGGUAGGGAGAGGAGCUUGGACAGUGGAGGUGAGCGUAUAACGCGCUUUAACUAA